AUGCCUGGGAACAAGUUCAACGACGAGCCGGAAGUUCUCAGUUCCCGAGUUGGGAGGCUCUUGAGGGAGAGGGAGCUGAGAAGGAGCAGCAUAACUCCUUCAUUCUUGGAUGGGAAUGACCACAGCCCAGGGACUGAGAUACCUGUGAACAAUUCUUCCUAUGUGGAGCAGUAUUUAGAUGAAGGGUGUGAUAGGCCUGUCAAGCAGAGACUGUUAGUGGUUGCUAAUAGACUUCCAGUGUCUGCAGUCAGAAGAGGUGAGGACUCUUGGUCGCUCGAGGUUAACGCGGGUGGUCUCGUCAGCGCACUUUUGGGUGUUAAGGAGUUCGAAGCGCGGUGGAUUGGUUGGGCUGGUGUGAAUGUGCCGGACGAGAUUGGGCAAAGGGCACUUACUCGAGCACUUGCCGAGAAGAGGUGCAUACCUGUUUUUCUUGAUGAGGAGAUUGUUCAUCAGUAUUACAAUGGAUAUUGCAACAAUAUCUUAUGGCCUCUUUUCCAUUAUCUUGGGCUCCCACAAGAAGAUCGACUAGCAACGACCAGGAGUUUUCAGUCCCAAUUUAGUGCUUACCAGAAGGCGAACAAAAUGUUUGCCGAAGUUGUUCACAGACACUACGAAGAGGGUGAUGUUGUUUGGUGUCAUGAUUACCAUUUAAUGUUCCUUCCGAAGUAUCUGAAGGAUUACAACAGCAAGAUGAAAGUUGGGUGGUUUCUGCACACUCCCUUUCCGUCUUCUGAAAUCCACCGAACUCUGCCAUCUCGAUCUGAACUGUUGCGUGCAGUUCUAGCUGCUGAUUUAGUGGGAUUCCACACUUAUGAUUACGCGAGACAUUUUGUAAGCGCCUGCACCCGAAUUCUUGGACUGGAAGGUACUCCUGAGGGAGUUGAGGAUCAAGGAAGGCUAACUCGUGUGGCUGCCUUCCCAAUAGGGAUCGAUUCAGAAAGGUUCAUCCGUGCUCUUAAACUUCGUCAAGUCCAGGAACACAUUAAAGAAUUAAAUGAAAGAUUUUCUGGAAGAAAGGUAAUGCUGGGUGUGGAUCGUCUUGAUAUGAUAAAAGGGAUUCCGCAAAAGAUACUAGCAUUUGAGAAAUUUCUCGAGGAAAACCCCUACUGGCGUGAUAAGGCUGUCUUGCUGCAAAUUGCUGUGCCAACAAGAACCGACGUGCCUGAAUAUCAGAAACUUACAAGCCAGGUUCAUGAGAUUGUUGGGCGGAUCAAUGGGAGAUUCGGAUCUUUGACUGCUGUUCCAAUUCACCAUCUGGUUAGUAUUUUCUUCAGCAGGCUUACUAGAAAUUAUUCAAACGAUACUUGUUUAGUCAUGUGCUUUCACGGUGCUGCUUGGUUUCCAUCAAUAAAUAAAACAGAUAAAUGGGACACUAAAAACUCUAAAUACACUGCUUACGCAUGCAGCGAACUGAAUGAUACAGUUCUAGAAGCACAACAGAGAAUAAGAAAAGCUCCGCCCCAACUUGUAUUCAGUGGUGCAAUCAAGCAUUUCAUGCAGGCUCACAACCUGUUAAUUAUAUUGGGUUUUAAUGGUACACUGACCGAACCAUUUGAAACUCCUGGAAGAAGGGGAGACCAGAUCAAAGAAAUGGAACUCAAGUUGCACCCUGAGCUGAAAGGGCCACUCACAAUGCUCUGCAGUGACCCGAAUACGACAAUUAUGGUUCUUAGUGGAAGUGACAGAAGUGUCCUAGAUGAUAACUUUGGGGACUACAACAUGUGGUUAGCAGCUGAGAAUGGAAUGUUUCUGAGAUCAACCAAAGGAGAAUGGAUGACAACAAUGCUAGAGCACUUGAAUAUGGAUUGGGUCGAAAGUGUACAACAUGUUUUCGAAUAUUUCACUGAACGAACCCCGGGAUCACAUUUUGAGCGUCGUGAGACUUCACUAGUGUGGAACUACAAGUAUGCAGAUGUUGAAUUUGGAAGAUUGCAAGCUAGAGACAUGCUGCAACAUCUCUGGACCGGUCCAAUUUCUAACUCCUCUGUUGAUGUAGUCCAAGGAAGCCGCUCGGUCGAGAUUCGAGCUGUUGGUGUCAGUAAGGGAGCGGGUAUUGACCGCAUAUUGGGGGAGAUCGUUCAUAGUAAAGCCACCUGCAAACCAAUAGAUUACAUCUUGUGCAUUGGACACUUCCUAGGAAAGGACGAGGAUGUGUACACAUUUUUCGAACCAGAGCUUCCACUUGAUAACUUGUGCAUGCCGAGAAAUAAAGUAACCGAUGCCAUUAAGCUUUCAAUCGAUAAAAGACAAUUCCCAAAUCUUCCCUCUGGAAAAAGCAGCUCCAAGACUCAACAGAGCAAGAGCUACCAGCAAAAUGACCCUAACUCAGACAGAAAGUCAACAUCCGGCAAUGGGAAACACUCGUCAACUGAAAAUACUUCUUGGAAUGUUCUCGAUCUGAAAAAGGAGAACUAUUUUUCUUGUGCUGUUGGUCGGACUCGUACGAAUGCACGGUAUUUGCUCAAUACAUCAGAUGAUGUGGUAGCCUUCCUUAAGGAGCUAACAGAAGCAGCAUUUCACUAA